AUGGCUGGCGUCGCGCCGCCGGCGGGGAGCAGCGCGAUUCCCGACCUGAACGAGCCUUUCAUGGAGGAAGAUGUAGACGCCACUAGGGCAAAUAUUCCCGCCGACAUGGUGGUCGACGUAGACGCCGCUAGGGCAAAAAUUCCCGUCGACCCGACCAUCCCCCUACCGCCAGGGACGAAAGGGGCUCCCGAACCCGAGCCGGACCGGUACUCGCCGCGUUCGGACACGGAGCAGCCACCGCCAAUUGGACCAUUUCCAGAAAACGACUACGUGUAUCUGACCGUAGAGGACUUGUUGGCAGCCGACGAGAAAGAUGACGCCUUCCUGCAAAACAUUCCGCGCGACGAUUUUGCGGAAGCCGCCUUCGACAUCAACAAAGAGUUCGCCAAGAAGAACAGAUUGCUGAGGAUGAUGUGGGGUUUCCGGCAUCUGGACACGCUGGAGGCGAGAACGACCCGGGUUCAGUACCUGCGGGCGCUGCUCGACUUCAGGAGAUGGUGCUGCGCGAACCUUCCAAGACAGCAAACCGCCAGAGUCAAGGGGGACGGCCUGCUGGAACACGAGGACGAGAUAGGGAGGUACAUCGACGAAGACAUGGGUGAUCAGUGGCACACAGCCAAGGGCGACCUACAAUGGAUGCACGGUCCCCGCGUCAACGCCACGCGGAUCAGGGCGUACAUUCUGUCAAUCGCGAGGCAGCACGGUAUUGCAAAGGCCGAGGAGCUCGAGGAGCUGAAUCCCGACGUCCGUGUCCAGCCCCUGAAGCCGACAACCGUUUCGAUGCUGCUCAUCCGCAUCAAAGCGCUCCAGAUAGCCUGCAAGGUCGAGGGGACGCUCUUCGGGGUGAAGGAGCUCCACAUCAUGUACGACAUCUCCGAGGUCCGCCGGAGGUGCGCGCGAUGGUCAGAGAGAAGUGGCACAGGGACGACAGGUAAGUCGGCAAGUCGUCCCGCGCCUGUUUCCCGGUUCGCCCAGCUAACCCAGUCCUCGUGGAAACUGAUGUGCAGGGAUUGCGUCGACCGGCACCGCGGAACGCUCGGCGACACGUACACCACCGACCAGAUCCGCCACCUCAUGUUCAAGGUCUUGCCAACCUGGGCAGCUCGGGCGUACGAACCCAAAGCGGCCACCCCCUCCCAGACACUGUGGAAGUUUCUGCUGAUGAAGACGAUGACCCUCUUGGGUCACCACACCCUUCUCCGCGGAGCCAGUCUCCGAGCGAUCGAGCUCCCCGACCUGUUUUUGUACAGAAUGGGGAGCGCGUCGCCCGAGCACUCCACGCGACGGCCGGUUGUCAUGGUCGUCGCGUCACGAAACUCCAAGACGAACAAGGAUGCUCGUUUGCAUCACAGCUACGCGGCGAGACACCUGGAGCAAGAGAUGUGCGCCGUCGGUCACACAUUGUUGUGGCUGCACUUCGUGUACGACCAGCUGAGCCGCUCGCCCACCUCUCGAUGUGUGCCGCCCCUCGACUUCACAACUCCGUACAGCUGGUAUCACAAGCACCUCUUUCAUGCUCGGAAUGACAAGGCACAAAAAGAGCUGCCGGCUUCAUCUCAUUCUCGGAUCACGAAAGAGAUGUGGCGGACGAACAAGAUCUUCAUCACGUGCAACACCCACGCCGCCCGGGCGGGUGGGGCACAGGAGCUGGCCGACGACGGCGUUCCGCGAUCUGACAUCGCCGACUUGGGCCACUGGGCGCUCGACAAACUCGUGAAGAGCUACAUCACGACCAUCCCGAAGGCGGCGGUGUUGAGAAAGGUCGGCUACACGGGCAAGCACGGUGACUACCACCUCGGCCGGAGCAUGGUGAAGCCCGACGACAAGGUGGUGGCCCUCAUCGCCCAGCACAUCUUUCCGUGGGCUGAAGCGGAACUGGCCAAGGUGAGCAUUUCGGACGGCAAAAACGCCGACAACUCGCCGACCAUCUCCACGACGACAUUAUACCGACGGCUGAUUGUGUUUGUGUUUGUGUUCGACUCGCAGGCGGUAAGGUGUGCAUCCGCGAGAGAGCCCAACACGACCGGGGUGCACUUCCUGCAAUCGCUCAUCGAGUUCGGCCGCCGAAUUGUCGCCGAGGAUCUUGCGUGCAUGCUGAUGCGCGAACCGUGGCACCCGUACGUCCAGAGUUCCAAGCUCUGCCGCGACCUCGACUUCCGGAAAUGGGACAAGGACGUCAACAGGGAAUUCAGCGCGCGAGUCGACGCCGAAUAUCAGGUCGACCAGCUCACCAUGAUGCUGCACCGCCAGAGGGAGGAUGCCGAGAUCGAGAAGCUUGAGAUGCAGAAGAAGUUGGAGGAGAAGGACGCGGAGAUCGCGAAGUUGAUGCAGGCUCUCAAGCUGGCCGAGGCACGGCCGACGCCGACUGCGCCGACACCGUCAAGGCCGAUGACCGCCGCCGAGAAGGAAACGUCUGUCAAGAUCGAGAAGGAACAGGACGAUGACCUGACGUACGAGGUCAGCGUCGUGCAUCCCUGGCGCACAUCCAAGACGGUCGAGGCUGCAUGGCGCUGGUGGAACAACCCGUCCAACUUCGACUCGCGUCCGUUGCGCGAACGUUACGACGAGCACAGAUUCCUCGUCAGACACACGCGCAUGAUCUGCAAGGUCGAAAAGGGCGACAAACCCGCCGCGUCGGCGAAGUCGGCGAAGAGCUCUCGUCCCACGACCGAGGUGGGUGAGACGGGGAAAAACGAUGCGCUGCAGCAAUGCACUCGCCGGAUGAGGCGGAUCAUGGAAGCGGUGCACGACUUGCGGCGAAGCGACGACGCCGCUGACACCGCCGCCGUCAUCAAGCUACUCGACCACCUGGGGCGAGCGGGGCUUUCCACUUUCAGCGACGCGCUCUUGGUCCUCCGUGCAACCCCGCCCAUCAAGGUCUUCACCACAGCCGACGGAAAGUCGGUCGGCAUCAAGGGUCUGGACAAGCCGCUGGCGAGGAAGCUCGCCGUUGCGUGGGGCGUGGUCACGGCGGGCUACAUGGACGCUGACUGGGGAAAGAGGCUCUUCGGCGACUUGUGGGAUGAGCAGGCCAAUAAGGCCGGCUUGGAGGCCGAGGCGACUGCGGGAGCCAUCGGCGCAGGGAAGCGCAAGAGGGCGGGCUGA